CCGCCGGUGGCCGAGGGAGCGUGACUGCGCUGCGCAGGGCGCUAGGAGGCAUUGUCGCCGCACAGGCCCUGUGAGCAGCAGACCGGCCUGGUGGCUGGCGACAGGACCCGUGUGUCUGCAUGCUGAAGAAGAUGGGUGAGGCGGUGGCCAGAGUUGCGAGGAAGGUCAACGAGACGGUGGAGAGUGGCUCUGACACCCUGGAUCUGGCUGAAUGCAAGUUGGUUUCCUUCCCCAUUGGCAUCUACAAGGUCCUGCGCAAUGUCACCGACCAGAUCCACUUCAUCACGCUGGCCAACAAUGAGCUCAAGUCCCUCACCAGCAAGUUCAUGACCACAUUCUGUCAGCUCCAAGAGCUCCGCCUGGAAGGGAACCUUCUACACCGCCUCCCCAACGAGGUCAGCACCCUGCAGCACCUCAAGGCCAUAGACCUGUCCCGGAACCAGUUCCAUGACUUCCCCGAGCAGCUCACCUUGUUGCCUGCACUGGAGACCAUCAAUCUAGAGGAGAAUGAGAUCGUGGAUGUGCCCGUGGAGAAGCUGGCCACCAUGCCCGCCUUACGCAGCGUCAACCUCCGCUUCAACCCGUUGAGCGCCGAGGUGCGCGUCAUUGCUCCCCCGCUUAUCAAGUUUGACAUGCUCAUGUCUCCGGAGGGUGCACGGCCCCCCCCACCGUAGGCCUGCCUCCUCAUGCCCACCCAGCAAAGGACAGAGGCCACUGGCCUGGCAUCUUGAGGGAAGGGACUCCCACAGGCCCAUAGGAGGCCAAGCUUGGGGUGUGGGGGUGGGUGGGCCAAACAGCUGGAUGUAGGAAGGGGUGCAGCUGGCACAGAAUAGACGCUUAGAGCAGUAGUGGGCAUGCAGUCCCCAGAGGGAGGAGGCGAGGUGCCAGCUGGGGCCUAGACUGGGCCCUCACAGCUUCUGUGCAAACUUGGGCAAAUCUCCACUGUCUUGUCUCUUGGGGCAAAGGGGAGUGAGGGUCCUUUGCCUCUGCUGGGCUAUUGGAUGCUUUCUGGCGAUACUUGCCUCCACAUCACCAUCACGUCACGGGCCGUGCCGAGCCCACGGAAGAGCCCCGCGGAGCAUUUUCCGGGCCUUGUUUGUAGUGCUGAGAACCAGUUGCUGCUCUAGGAGGAAGAAAAGACAUCCCCAUCCAUCUAUUUUUCGCAUCCUGAAACUGACCCAGAUGAGGCCCUUCAUGGGGCCCCUCCUCCGUCCUGAGGUUGCUGAAUGGCAGGAGCUUGAACCAGAGUCAUGGAGAACCACAAGAACAUGGCUUCCAACCUCACUGCCCCAGGGCUGGAAGUGUCUGUGUGGGAGCUAGACGCCCCUCAGCUGGGGGCCCUAAGAGCACGUCCAGCCAGCUGCGUCCUUUCCUGGGCAUGGAGUGGGUUGGGUUGGCAGUUCUGCGAUACCACCCCUCCCUCAGGAGCAACUGGGAGUGCCUGGCUCAGUGCUUGAGCUGAGAAGGGCCCUUCUUGAAGCCUUUGGCACUGUGGAUCUGCUCCAAGGUAACUAGACGGCCGCUCCCACCACGCCUUCCUUUGGCAGCGCCCAACCGCCCCGUCGGUGCUUCACCCGGCACAGAAGGCAUGAUGGACCGUGGAGUUCAUGGCCACUGCUCCCAGGCCACCACCCAAAGCCCUGAUGAUGUAGUUAUUUCAGAGUCCUCAACCUGGAGUCUGAGGUGUGGCCAGCCAACGGUGUGACCAGCCACCUAUUAUAUGCAGAGGACUGAGGAGAUUCCGGGGACAUGGGACUUUCAGUACUAAUGUGGGGUCAGUAUCCAGCAAGCAGGAACAGCUGGUUUCCCUCCCAGGAAAGGGCCAGAGGCUCUUGCAUCCUGAUAAUAACUGUGGUUUGGGGAACCCGUUGGACCCCUUAGGUAUCUACCUCCCACUUUCUCCUCAUCUAUGGGGUCAAGCAGACUCAGAGCUCAGAACAUGGCUCUGUGGGAGAUACCUGAGGCCCCAGGGCCAGGCCAGGCUUCCCAAAUCCUACACUGAUUACUGGUGGCCACUCUUCACUCCGAGGGUCAAACUGUUCAGAGCUCAGACCACCACGAUGAGCAGUAGCCCUGUCUCCUAAUGCUCCCAUUUCUUUCUCCCCUCCCCGGCCCUCUGCCUCCUAACAAGGAACUGGAAAGUCGGGCCAGUGUGGCCUGUCACUGAGUGCUGGGUGUCCCAAGGGAUGCCUUCUUCACUGCUCAUCUCCCAAGGCAUGGGUGGGUAAGCUCUGGGAAAGGGUCUUCGGUGAGGAGGUUGAGACUAGGACUUAACUGGACACUGGGAGAAGUGGAGGCUGCAGUCUAAGCUGGCCUAGCCCCAUCCAAGAGUGAGGUCUCUCUUUGUCAAUAAGGGGUGUGCUUUUCUGAGAUACACAAAGGCAAUGUAUGCCCAGAGUCUUGCAACUCAGGGUGCAGUGGGUGGACCUAUGGAGCUUGUUAGAAAUGCAGACUCCCGUCUACGGCCAUACCAUCCUGAACGCGCCCGAUCUCGUCUGAUCUCGGAAGCUAAGCAGGGUCGGGCCUGGUUAGUACUUGAAUGGGAGAAAUGCAGAUUCCCAGGCCCCAGCCAGACCUGGCUUUUAAUAGGAUCGCGAGGCAGUUUCCAGUCAGAGAAGCAAGGGUCUAGGGCUGGCGCUAGGAAUGUACCCGAGUGGGGGGUGAAGGAUCUCUCAGCUGUCUUCCUGCCAAUGCCGGGCCUCCAAGUCUGAUCUCUGCUCCCCACCCCCACCCAAGCCAGCCCCAGAGACCCUGGGCCUCAGAUCUUCUUAGAGUCUGUGUGGCUUCCCCAGCACAGGGAAUGAGUGAAGACACUGGGAGCUGAGGCCUGGCCUGGCCACUGGCUUCUGCCUCUCUGGUAACCUCUGCACGCUGAGCUGCCUAUGUCUCUGGGUCCUUCCCCCAGGCCCUUUGGAUGGGGUUGCUUCUGAAAGUUGUUUUCAACACUGCUUGGAAAGUUUGCCCUAGUGUGGGAAGUCUGAGAAGCCCCCAAAUCAGAGCCCAUGGUGUAAGUGAGCCCUUAGCUUCCGUCUGUAAUAAAAAAUAUAUUGGUUUCCUCUGC